AUGAGCCUGGCAUUUUCAAAGAACACCGUUGGUGCCAGACCGUACCGUACAUUGGCCCUCACCUCUCAGGUUGACGAAGCCCUGUUUGCGAGCAAAACACCACUCCACAGACUUCAGCCCAAACACAACCUCAACAGAGGGGUGGCCAAAAUGUUAAGCAAAGGCUUGAUAGUGGAUCCUUCAGGAGAAUCUGUCACAGUGCCAUCAUCUGACUGGCAGCGGAUGUCUCAGCCGCUUGCCAAGGAAAAGAAGGGGGCUGAUCAGAGGAAGAAUACAGAGAAAGAUAGGGCUGCAGAAGACAUGAAGCGUUAUAUGAUUAACUUGGACCUGUUGAAAGAGCAGAAAAAGCCCCCGAGUGAGAAGGAGCAGAGGGCCCAGGCUCGUAAAAAGGAAAUGUUGGAUCGGGCCAAUGCUCUAAGAAUGGAUCAAGAAGAAGAGGUGAGGGAAGUGAAGAGUUUAAGUAUUGCUGCAAAGUGCCAUGCCAUGCGUGAAGUCCAGAUCCAGGAGAAGAAACGGAUCAAGGCAGAGUUGGUAGAGGAUAAGAUGCUUCUAGACCUCGCUCUGGAAGAGAACCGCUGUAAAGCAAUUGAGGAUAGCAAGCAGAAGGAUAAGCUGCAGAAAGAAAAACACAGGAGAGUACUGGAGGAAAAUUAUGAAAUAGGUCUUAAACAUGAUGAGGACAAGCGUGCUCUCAACGAGGAGAAAAAGCAGAAGAGACAGAAGAUCCUUGAGAAUGAAGAGAAGUUGAGACUAAAGGAUCAGAAGGCCCUGGAGAUGAAGAGGGAGGCACAACAACGCCUCCAAGAGGACAACGUGUGCCUCAAUGCUAUUAAAAUGCAGGCCAAGGAGCGAAUGAUAGAGGAGGAGAAGCUCGCUGGCAUUAAGAAUAAAGAAUACAGGGAGGAAAAAAUGAAGCAGGAGGAGGACCGUGAAGAAGAGCGGAGCCGCUCCAAGAAGGAGAGGGAGUUGGCAAAAGAUAGAAUGUUUGCUCAGCAGGACAAAGCCAGACAGGACAAAGCAGAGCAAGACAAGAUCUAUGCUCGGAGACUACAAGAAAUAACAGAGCGAAAAUGGAGGAGAAAAGCGCUCCAGCAGGCUGUAAAGGAAGCUCACAAGAAAAUCCUGCUGAAUGAGGCUCACGUAGAGGGAGUUCAAGCGAACAUCAAGCAUAAAAAUAUUGAGUUGAUCUACCAGAAAUCAGAGUUUGAACGGUUGUUAAAGGUGUAUGAGGAGGACCGUGAUAAAGAAAAGGUGGAAAAGGAGAAGAAGCAUGAGAAGGUGCACCAACAUAGAGAGGAACUGCUGCACCAGAUAAAGGAAAAUGAGCUCUCAGCAAAAAUGAAGCGCAAAGCGAACAUGCAGGAGGCUCAGCAGUUAAUUUUAGAAGCUAAUCUGAAACAUGAGCACCUCGCUAAGGCCAAAGAAGAGAAACUGAAGGAGUUAAGGGCAACUGGACUCCCUGAAAUAUACUGCAGUGGUGUGGAAAGGAAAGUUUACCGUAAACAGCUACAAUUUGAGAACAAAGUCAAUGAUAGGAAGCAAAUAAAUGAGGGAAAGCUCCUUGAUACUAUGGGACAGAUGAUGCAGGAUGGAAAAAGUAGAAGACAGGAGAGGCAGCAAGAAGAUGACAUCAACAAUAUUCAGCUGCCUUGCCUAGAUGACGAGGAACAACACCAGCCAAGGCAAACUGAGGCAGAAGAACUGCUGAAAAAAGAGGAGAGACUGCCUGAAAAGACAGACGGAAACAUUUUCCAAGGUCUUAAAAGACCUAAACUGAAGCCAAAUCGUCUGGCAGUAACAAAAGCUGAGCCAAGUUUCCACCUCCCACCAAUUUCCAGUGCAGUAAAAAACACUAAAAACACAAAGGAUGCUAGAGGAGAGGCAAGUUCCAAUUUUUUUACAGAGAGCUCCAAACAGAGUCACAACAAGGCGAGCCGAGGAUAUCAGCAGACCAAGAUAAAGGAUCUGCCACAGACCCGCCUCUCAUCGGCACCCACCAUCUCACAGGAACUGUGUUUCCCUGUGCAGCGACGUAACAACAUCCUCCCGCCCAUCAGAAAAAGUUUCAAGGGGAGGUAG